CGUUAAACCCUUCCAUUUUCUUUCCUCCCCCUCUUAAACCCUGGUUGCUUCUCGUGGUGCUCUCUCUCUCUCUCUCUCUAGGCAAUUGGGCAUGGCGGCGGCGGCGGCGUCCCUGCCGUUCAAGAAGAACUACAGGAGCUCCCAGGCGCUGCAGCAGUUCUACGCCGGCGGCCCUUUCGCCGUCUCGUCCGACGGCUCCUUCAUCGCUUGCAACUGUGGUGACUCCAUCAAGAUCGUCGAUUCCUCCAACGCCUCCCUAAGGUCCUCCAUCGACUGCGGCUCCGACACCAUCACCGCCCUCUCCCUCAGCCCCGACGGCAAGUUGCUCUUCUCCGCCGGCCACAGCCGCCAGAUUAGGGUUUGGGACUUGUCCACCUCCACCUGCCUGCGCUCCUGGAAGGGGCAUGAUGGUCCGGUGAUGAGCAUGGCCUGCCACGUCUCUGGGGGUUUGCUGGCGACGGGAGGAGCUGAUAGGAAAGUCAUGGUGUGGGACGUCGACGGUGGUUUCUGCACCCAUUUCUUCAAAGGUCACGACGGCGUCGUUAGCAUUGUCCUCUUCCAUCCCGACUCGAAUCGCUCUCUUCUGUUCUCUGGAAGUGAUGAUGGAACUAUACGGGUUUGGGAUCUCCUGGCAAAGAAGUGUGCUUCGACACUGAGAGGACAUGAUUCAACAGUCACUUCUCUGGCUUUUUCCGAGGAUGGCUUGACAUUGCUUGCCGCUGGAAGAGAUAAGGUUGUAUCUUUGUGGGACCUUCAUAAUUAUGCCUGCAAGAAGACCAUACCUAUGUAUGAGGUGCUUGAAUCUGUAUGCGUGAUACAUAGUGGAACUGUUUUGGCUUCACAACUGGGGUUAGACGAUCAGCUGAAAGUGACAAAAGAAAGUGCACAGAAUAUUCACUUUAUUACUGUUGGUGAACGCGGCAUUUUACGGAUAUGGAAAUCUGAAGGUUCAGUUUGCCUGUUUAAGCAAGAACAUUCUGAUGUAACUGUCAUCUCAGAUGAGGACGACUCAAGGAGUGGCUUCACUGCUGCUGUCAUGCUACCCUUGGAUCAAGGAUUGCUAUGCGUGACAGCUGAUCAACAGUUUUUAUUCUAUUAUCCAGAGAAACAUCCUGAAGGGAUAUUUUCGCUGACCCUAUGUAGAAGACUUGUAGGCUACAAUGAGGAAAUAGUUGAUAUGAAGUUCCUAGGAGAGGAGGAAAAUUUCCUUGCUGUUGCUACUAAUCUUGAACAGGUACGGGUUUAUGAACUUGCUUCCAUGUCAUGUUCGUACGUCUUGGCUGGUCAUACUGAAACUGUCCUGUGCCUUGACACUUGUAUUUCAAGUUCUGGAAGGACGCUUAUUGUCACGGGAAGUAAGGACAACUCUGUUAGGUUGUGGGAUUCAGAAAGCAGACAUUGCAUUGGAGUUGGAGUAGGUCACAUGGGCGCUGUAGGUGCAGUUGCUUUCUCAAGGAAGAGACAAGAUUUUUUUGUUAGUGGCAGCAGCGAUCGUACACUUAAGGUUUGGAGCUUGGAUGGCAUCUCAGAGGAUGGUGUAGACUCAACAAAUUUGAAAGCAAAAGCUGUUGUGGCAGCUCAUGAUAAAGAUAUUAAUUCUGUUGCUGUUGCACCAAAUGACAGUUUAGUUUGUUCUGGUUCUCAGGAUCGCACAGCUUGUGUUUGGAGGCUUCCAGACCUGGUAUCUGUAGUUGUACUUAAAGGGCACAAGAGGGGGAUUUGGUCUGUAGAGUUUUCACCAGUUGAUCAAUGUGUGCUCACUGCAUCUGGCGAUAAAACGGUGAAGAUAUGGGCCAUAUCUGAUGGUUCUUGCUUAAAGACCUUUGAAGGGCAUGUCUCUAGUGUACUAAGAGCAUCAUUUCUCACCCGUGGGACGCAGUUUGUUUCUUGUGGUGCUGAUGGCUUGGUAAAACUGUGGACUGUUAGGACAAAUGAAUGCAUUGCUACAUAUGAUCAACAUAGCGAUAAGGUAUGGGCUUUGGCUGUUGGAAAGAAGACUGAAAUGCUUGCUACAGGUGGCAGUGAUGCUGUUGUAAAUCUCUGGUACGAUUCAACUGCUUCUGACAAAGAGGAUGCUUUUCGUAAAGAGGAAGAAGGUGUUUUGAAAGGUCAAGAGUUAGAAAAUGCAGUAUCUGAUGCUGACUACACCAAGGCAAUCGAACUUGCUCUUGAACUUCGGAGGCCUCAUAAGUUAUUUGAAUUAUUCUCCGAACUUUGCAGGAUGCGAGAAGUAGGAGAUCGUGUAGAGAGAAUACUUUCUGCUCUCAGCGGCGAAGAGGUUUGUCUGCUUCUUGAAUAUAUCCGGGAGUGGAAUGCGAAGCCAAAAUUGUGCCACGUUGCCCAAUCUGUGCUAUCACAAGUCUUCAGAAUUCUUUCUCCAACGGAGAUAGUUGAGAUUAAAGGCAUCGGGGAGCUCCUUGAAGGUCUCAUUCCAUAUUCUCAGAGGCAUUUCAGCAGGAUAGACAGGCUUGUUAGAAGCACGUAUUUACUGGAUUACACAUUGACAGGAAUGUCUGUUAUUGAACCUGAAGCAGACAGAUCAGCAGUCAAUGAUGGGUCUCCAGAUAAAUCAGGCCUCGAGAAACUAGAGGAUGGUCUUUUGGGAGAAAAUGUUGGUGAGGAGAAAAUCCAAAACAAGGAGGAGCUGGAAAGUAGUGCAUACAAGAAAAGAAAAUUACCGAGAUCUAAAGAUCGUUCUAAGAAGAAAUCAAAGAAUGUCGUGUACGCAGAUGCAGCAGCAAUCUCUUUCAGAGCUUGAAUACCGGGUCCAGAGUUAAAAAGUGUUUAUUAUGACGAGCAUUGCAGCGAGGACCAUGUUGAUGUCAUUCCCAUCCUGCAUUCUCAAUGCCAGAGGCAUGAACCCUAUACAAAGGUUAACCCAGUGCAGUAUGCCUUCUCCUUGGUGCUUCAAUUUUCCCCUCCUCGGAGCACUGGCUAUCCAAACAUUAAUUCUUCCCAGGGCUGUUGUACGGUCAAGUCUGCUAUAAGUAUAAUUUUUUCUUUUGCUAUAAGAAACAAAUGCCAUUAUGCAAUGGAGAAUUCUUUUUUAACUA